CUGCAACCAUCAUGUCGGGUUCAGGAGAACAACAGCCUCUUCUCGCAUAUCCCUACGAUGAGGACAUAAUUACGCCCACUGAGCGGCCCAAAAGCACUGUCGGUGUUUGGCGCGAAAACAUUUCAUGCAUUCUAGAGUCCCGGCGCUUUCACACAUUCGUUAUUGCUUUGAUUGUGAUCGAUGCUGCAUGUGUCCUCGCUGACCUCGGAUUCACCGUUUUGUCCGAUGGAUGCGCCCCCCCAGAUGAGGGCCCUGCAUGGCUCGAAGUUCUGGCGACUAUAUCGCUUGCCAUAACCACGCUCUUUCUUAUUGAAAUACCAGUUACCCUCUGGGCUUUUGGAGUUCGCUUCUACACCCCAUUCUCAGGUGUUCCUCAUGCGGCUUUACAUUUGUUUGAUGUCGCGAUCAUCGUCACGACUUUCGUACUCGAAUUCGUCCUCAAGGGACGCCAACGUGAGUUGGCUGGACUGCUGAUUAUUCUUCGUCUAUGGCGACUAGUAAAGCUCGUUGGAGGCAUUGCCGUGGGAGCUGCGGAAAUAGAAGAAGAAACAGCAAAGGAACUCGAAGAGACAAAGAGGCAGCUUGAGGGCACCACAACCGCACUUGCGAAGGCUCGUGAGGAGAAUCGCAAGCUGCGCGGCCGGGUAGCCUGGUUGGAGACAGGCGGAUCCGAGGGAACCGAGUUCUGAGCCGGACGGAUUUCUUGGACACUCGGCAUCAACUAUUCCUGUCACCCCUAUCCCUGAAAGUCAAGAACUAA